CUUUAAAAUAUUUACUGUAAAUAUAGGCAGGCUUCGGCGAAGACAGCCAAGGUCCGACACCGACCAACGUCAGGCACCCAGGCAACGUUAAAAGCUAACUUAAUCACGUCUGAAGCUCGGUUGGCUGAUUCCCAUUUAAAGUGUUUUAAAAUGUUUUAGUGUUGUAUCGCUGAACUCCAGGCGGAGGCCGGUUGAAGCAGGGUUGCUGCUCACAUACAGAGAUGAGUUUCGAGGCAAAGCGGUGUGGCGUGCAGUUCAGCCCUCCCUCUAUAGUUUUAAUUUAUGAACACAAGGAAACCAAAACAAUACGAAAAAGAAUAAUACCUGUGCGAAACUUCUCCAAAUAUUCCGACUACAGCAUGGCUGCUGAAAGGCUGAAGAACCACCCCAGGCACAGGGACUACCUGGAGGGGGUGUCCCAGAGCCAGCUGGAGAAGCUUCACAUCAUCCUGAGAGAUCACAUGCAGGGCUUCAGCUUGGAGCGCAGCCUGGCAUCAUUCAACCUGGACCCCGACGAAGACCUGAACAAACUGGACGAUGAGGAGCUGGCUCGCAAGAAGGGCCAAAUGGAAGAAUUGUUUGAAAAGAACCGGAGGCACAAAGAUGAUCCCGACUUUGUGUACGACCUGGAAAUGGAUUUCAGCAAGACCACACAAGAAAAGUGCAGCUGGGAUGAAGAAUCUGAUGAUGGAUUUUGAAACUCCAAUCCUCUCUCUGUCCUUUCAGAGCGCAGACUGCAGAUCACCUGAUGUACUGAAAUGACAGGGAAAUCUGACACAGCAAUGCUGACUACAGUGCUUGAUCUGAAGUCAUACACAGAUGUUGAAUAACUCUUUUUAGGAAAUAUCUUCCUGCAUGCAGUGAAGUAUGUCCAUUCCAGUUUAUUAGGUACACGUACCUACAACUAAUGCAACAGUACUGCAAUAUGUUCUACCUUCAGGAAUCAGAUAAUGUUCAGUGUUUGCUGUUUUAUUAGGUGUUGAUUCAAUUUUACAGUCAUUCAGGCAUUCAUAGUUAUAGCACCGUUGAAUUAUACCACAUUAUACUGAGAAGUGUUUUUAUUAUUUUGCCCACCCCAUUUCCACCAAUAAUGGUAGACUAAAUAUCUCUCAAUAUAACACAACACGAAUCCUCCAUAAAGUUGAAUCAACACAUUUCUAGAACAGUUUCAACAGUGAACGUCAUUACCUUCGUAAGAAUUCAGAACUGUUGUUCAGUGGCAACUACAUUCCCAGACAACAAAUACAGCAGGUACCUGCAUUCACUGUUUUGAUAACGGCAUUUAACUGGAAGCACCAGAAACACAUACAGUAUUUCCUCAGUUAGCCCCCGUCGUCAUCUAGCUAGUAUUGAAAUCUCUGUACUUGAAAUUACAGUU